UAUUUCACCAGAUCCUGAGGUGUUUGAUAACAACGAGGCUCAGUGCCAAAGAAAACCAGAAGUGGAGGAGGAAACGCUGGAGAAAAAAUGCACAAAAUGACUGCGAUGGAUGUGAACUGGAGACUCUCUGCUGUCGCUGUGCUGCUGCUCUCUCUGCUCCACAUCACUGCAGCUGUCAGCCUGAAGCAACAUCUGGCCGACUGUCUGGAGGACAAAGACUACGAGGAGCUGCUGCAGACGGUGAAAACCGGCCUUCCACACAUCCACAAAGGUCAUCAUGUAGUUGUAGUUGGAGCCGGCAUGGCUGGACUGACGGCCGCCAAGCUGCUGCAAGACGCCGGACACAGAGUAACUAUAGCGGAGGCCAGUGGUCGUGUUGGUGGACGAGUGGAAACGUACAGGAAUGAAGACGAGGGCUGGUACGCUGAACUGGGGGCCAUGAGGAUCCCAAGUUCUCAUCUCAUCGUUCGCUGGUUUGCUGAACAGCUGGGGGUCGAGCUAAAUGAAUUCAUCAUGGACGACAACAACACCUUCUACCGGGUUAACGGGCUGCUGAAGAGGACGUACAUGGUGAAAGAUAAUCCUGACAUCCUCCAGUACAAUGUGCUACCGAGCGAGAAAAACAAGUCGGCAGACGAUCUGCUGCAGCUCGCUUUACAGAAGGUGAAGGAUGAAGUGGAGGCUAACGGCUGUUGGGCAACGUUGAAAAAAUAUGACCAUUAUUCUGUGAAGGAGUAUCUGAAAGAAGAAGGAGGUCUGAGUCCAGAAGCCAUUAGGAUGAUUGGAGAGCUGCUGAAUGAGCAGAGCCUCAUGUACACAGCGCUGAGUGAGAUGAUCUAUGACCAAACUGACAUCAGUGACAACAUCAUAUACCAUGAAGUUACCGGUGGCUCCGACCAUCUCCCCAGAGCUUUUCUCGAUGUCCUCAAUGCCACUAUUCUCCUGAACUCCAAGGUCAAGCGUAUUAGCCAAUCACGAGGAGGCAUCACUGUAUCAUACCAGAAAGGUGAAGAGUCUUCUCUGACCGAUCUUUCUGCCGAUGCUGUCCUAGUAACAACCACAGCCAAAGCAGCCCUCUUCAUAGAGUUUGAACCACCUCUGUCCAUCAAAAAGAUGGAGGCUCUGAGGGCGGUCCACUACGACAGCUCCACUAAGGUUCUUCUCACCUUCAAGGAGAAGUUCUGGAAGGAAGACGGCAUCCAAGGAGGGAAGAGCAUCACCGAUGGGCCGUCUCGCUACAUCUACUACCCCAGCCACAGCUUCCCAGACAAUGACACCGUCGGUGUCCUCCUGGCUUCCUACACCUGGUCCGAUGACUCCCUCCUCUUCAGUGGCGCGAGCGACCAAGACCUCAAAGAGCUGGUUCUGAGAGAUCUGGUGCAGAUCCACGGUGAGAAGGUCAGGGAUCUGUGCACCAGCGUGUUGGUGAAGAGGUGGAGCACGGAUCCCUACAGCCUGGGCGCCUUCGCUCUCUUCACGCCCUUCCAACACUUAGAAUACGCCAAGGAGCUCUUCAGACAUGAAGGCAGAGUUCACUUUGCUGGAGAACACACAGCCUUCCCUCAUGCUUGGAUCGAGACGUCUAUGAAAUCUGCAAUCAGGGCUGCGACCAACAUCAACAAGGCAGUGCUGUGGAAAUCAGAGUUGGUGCGAGAUGAGCUUUAGAAUCUGAGUGUUGCAGUAGUGAUUAAAAGAAAUUAAUUAUAUGGAAAAUUAAUCAGUAAAAUCUGAAUGUGAAAUGUUUGUUUCUUAAUCAUUUGACCCAGAAAAAUGUAACUCGUUUCUACACCUGCUACUAGCUGCAUUUACCUUUUGCUAUAAAUGUGUUUUUUGAUUAACUUUAAAAAAUAACUUAAGACAGUUUCUCAUUGUUUUAUUAUUUUUAGUUUAAAAUGUUCUGAGAAUGUUCUGCAGAGAUCUUCUAAUGUUUUCAGCAGGACGUUUUCUUUUAGCUCUCAGAAUGUUCCUCUCAAAGGUAGCAAAAACUAAAGAAAAUGUCUGGUGGAAACAUUGUUAGACUGUUGUGCACUAACAUUCUCAAACGUUCUUUGUUGUUCACUACCACUGUGGAACAUUCUGGGAACAUUUUAUAAAUUCUGUAAUGUGUUCUCUCAAUAACAUCCAUAAAACGUUCUCAGAACAGUAGAGGAACUGUACUGUCCUGUCAUCUGAGGUCACAGAAGCAUCUUUUAAACAACUUUUUAAAUGUUGCAGUGAUGAAAACAUUCUUAACACGCUCUUUGAACAUUUGAUUUAAAAACAUUUUCUUAAAAACAAUGCUAGAACAUGUACUUAAUGUUAGAUGACUGUUGUGGGAAUGUUACAUAACAGCUGGAUUCUUAAGCUGAGGUUUCAGGCCGCUGAUUUUAAAAGUUGGAAAAUGAAUUCAUAUUUUAUUAAAUAAAGGUGUUUUUCAAAAUAAAGGACA